AAGAAAUUUUAAAGUUGUAUAAGAGUCUUUUAAGGUACGGUGAACAACUGAAAUAUACAGAUAAACACUACUUCGGGCAGAGAGUAAGGAAUGAAUUUAAAUCGAACAAAAACUUAACUGAAGAAGAAAAAAUAUCUUUUAAGUUUGAGAAAGGAAGCGUUUUGUUAGUGAGAAAAACCGUCCUGUAAUAAUGUUAACGCGGUUUAGGUCCGCUCUAGUGGAAAUCCACCAAAGACAUUUCGCUUCCAUAAAAAAACUAAUUGAUUACUCAAAAGUUCCUGAGUUGAACGAAAGUGAACUGGAAGAACAACAAAUUAAAGGCUCAGGCCCUGGAGGUCAGAAAAUUAAUAAAACUUCUAGCUGUGUAUUUCUUAGGCAUAUUCCCACAGAUCUUAAUGUGAGGCAAAAGUCCCCUUUAAUUUUAUCUCUAAAAAGGCAAUUUUCAUCUAUAAAACAACAGAUUGAUUAUUCAAAUGUUCCUGAAUUAAAUGACAAAGAAAUUGAGGAACAAAAUAUUAAAGGCUCGGGGCCUGGAGGCUCUAAGAUUGCUACCACUUGUAGUUGUCUAUUACUCAAACAUAUUCCAACAGGAAUUGUAGUAAAAUGCCAGGAAACCAGGUUCUUAGAAAAAAACAGGAAACGCGCCAGAGAACUCCUCGUAAAAAAACUGGACAACCACUUUAACGGUGAAAACAGCGUUGAGGCCCAAAUCAAAAGGUUGCAGGACAAAAGAAGGAAAUCGGAAGAAAGUAAAAGGGACAAAUUAAGGCAGAUGAAAGAAAAGUGGAAUGAGCAAAACAACUUGGACCCUAGUAGUAAAUUGUAAAUAAAAAUUUCUAGAUGAA